UUACUUCUCAUCAUUUAAAACUUAAAAAUAAUUGGAUUUAUGGCAAUCCUAGAUAAAUACUAAAUACAUUCGAAAAAUUCGAUAUGAUAUCAUAGUGAAUGUGAUAAAAGUAUACCAGAAUUGAACUGGUUUUAAAGUUUUACAUAUAAGGGUAUUUUCAUUAUAAGUAAUCACGGAAACACUGGAAACUCAAUUAGUAGUAGAAUAACGAUUGUUUUAAGACUUGUACAAUAUAUUCUAGGUUAAUAUUUGUUACAAAUAGUGGAUGUAUUUUUGAAGUUUAAAAAGUUGUUGUAUUUGUCAUCGUUUACUUAUGUGAUCAACAGCGCAUAGCAAGAACAAAAGWCACCCUUGAGGCAUAAUCUCUCCAUUGGUGGCUGCACAAAACACAGCCAAUUAUAACAACUAUAGUGAUCAGUGAUUAUUCAUGUAAUUAUUCAUUUUAGCUUUCAAGAGACUAUUACAUUUGUAAAUACCAAAAUCACAAACAGCCCUUGCAAUGAAACUGGCCCACUUUCAAGRCAAGAUUCCAUUACGUUAUCCCAACGAGCUCGAGGUCACGCAUUCUUUCUUCAUUCGUGGUAGUGUACUAAGAUCAUUUUUCAGCGAUGCUUGACGUGAUUUGUGGAAUUUCUGCUAAGUUAAAAAAAUGGACUUAUUAUCCUGAGAAUAUCAGCGCUAUUCUUUGGGAAAAUGGUUUUUCCACCGGAUAAUUCUCUACAUAAAACUUUAUAAAACCGACGAAGAUGGAAGAUGUACACGAAAGCGGCUAUUCUUUAAAACAUUUCACCAAGAAAUUCAAACUACCAAAGGUUGUUCGAGUUGUGUCGGGAAUUUAUGACAUGCUAGACGAAAUAAGUCUUUCUCGGGAAGAGAUUUUGACACUUCAUAGUCUAAAAAAGUACGAGACAGUCAAAGCAAGCGACGAAGAAGGACAUACUUUUUACUUACCUUUGAACAUCACCAGCAAAGUCGCUAUUAYCUCAUCAGAUCUGAAUGACAACAGCAGGCACAGCUACGUUGACGUCCAAACUCUAGCUGAUGACUUUCCGCCGUUAGUGACCUCGACACACGCACAUAACUGGCUUGAGAUUGAUGCUGGGGACAUUUUAAAACCUAUUCAAACAUGGAUCACCAAUCCCAGGAAAGGGUAUCUUCAGUGUGAAAUUUUAAACAAACCCUUAAAUGACGACAUCUUUAUUCCUCUCUCUUACUGCGCUAAAUUUGAAAAAAUCGAGACCACAAGCCAUAACUCGCUGUUUUUGAAAGAAGUCGUGACGAACUAUCCAUUGCCUGUCAAAGUUAGAUUUCUAGAAAAUAGAGUAAUUAUUCAAAAACAUGAUAUCAACGCCGGUCGUCCGACGAGCAUGGACACUUUAGGGAUUAUUACUCUUCAUGGACAGUGUGACUUAGCUCUAGUGGUCGCCACAACAAUCGAUCCAGAUUCUGGAAAAGUGUAUUCUCUUCUCAAUCUUCCUCAAGACCUGGACAUCACCAUAACGCCGUAUCCAGGCUCACCGAAAAGGCCCAAGAAAAAUGAUAACCGUUUGCUGGGCUUUUGUGAUAAGAACUUUGUCUAUGGAUCUACCAUUAUCGAAGAAAAAGAAAUUGAAGAUCCGGAAUCUCAUGGUUAUGAAGAUGUUCUACCCCGGUUGUUUCCGAGGAAGAAACCUGGAGCUCCUUCCCGCUUUAGGCACAGACACUCACUUGAAAAUUGCAAGUUAAAACAUCAUGAAAACGAGGAGAGUUGUCAAAGUAACGGUAGCCAUAGUAAUGAUGGCCAUGACAAUGGAAAGGGUGUUGAAGAUAUUGUGAAAAUGGAGCAGCGUUAUGGUCGCGAUUUUCUCGAUGGAACCCAACCAACAGGUCAGAACACAACUGAUGACACUUCAGAAAGCCAAAUAUCAGAAGCAGAAGACACCACUGAUAACGGAGCAAGAGGAACCGUUAAAUCCACGAAUGAACUAGAUGAGGAACUAUCUCUCGAUACAAAAGUCAGUGUCGACGUCGUGAAAGAACUUGAGAAAUUCAAAGCUUCUUUAAAAUUACAUUACCCACCAUAUACCUUUAAUCAAAAUUCACCUUACUCUGAGAAAGGUAGUGAAAAUGACUCUACUGGUGAUACCUCUAAACUUGGUAACGAUGGUCGACAAGACGGAAGUUAUGGCAGUGACAGUGACGCAGGCAUUAAACAUAAAAGCAAUCAAAAUCUUAAAGAUACUGAACAAAAAUCUGGACGUGAUUGUGGUAAUAGUGAUGAACCCCUAGAAAAAAACCUUAUUUAUGUAGAUAUUUUUGGAGCUUUUGAUAAAUUCAAUGUCGACGAGGUACGCGGAAGUUAUGACAGAAACAGUGGCACAGAUGUUAAACUUCAGAGCAAUCAAAAGCUAAAACUUCCUGGACAAGAAAUUCAGAGUGAUCCUUGUAAUGUCGGUGAACCUCGAGAAACAAGCCUCGAUGAUGAUGAUGUUUUUGAGGCUGAAGUUGAAGCUAGCAAUGCAGAGAAAGAAUGUGGCGAUGAUGAUGAUGAUGCAGAUAAAGAAACUGUUGUUAAUAGUACAGAUGAUCAAGUUACUGGUAACCAGGAAGCGGGUGAUGAUGAUGGUAAUCAUUCCAAUGUCAGUAGAAAUGAUAAUGAUACCAUUUAUGACAACGAAAAACCUGAUAGAGAUAAAGACGAUUGUAGUUCUAGGAAUACAUCAAUCAGUUCAUCAACGGAAAGUCAAUAUCAAACCUUAGACGCUUCAACCAUUGAUUCUGCGGAAACCAGGCUCGCUACCUUAAAAAGAUUGAGAGAGAAAAGGUUUCCUCUUAGCGAGGACGUAUCUGGCACGAAGCACAUUGAACAUAGACCUCGAUCCGACCUUGAAGGUUAUACGAUACCAUCACGUUUAUUGCUAGAAGGAAGCGAAUCCCCGUCAUCUUUCAUGAGAUCACGGACAUUAACUGAUUCUUUCCUGCACUGCGCAGACGACGAAGAAGUAAGUUCACUUCAGACCAGAAGUAUCGGUGUAGACACCCCUGACGAUUUUAAGUCAUAUUUGUACAUGAAUAGAAAUCCCGCUCCCUCCCCUCCUCAGUACAACACACUCCCAGCCUCGCUUUCAAAAAAGUCGAAAUCAAAGAGUUCCAGGAAGGGUAGCCUUACAAAGCUCGCCAUCUUUGCAAGAAAAGGUCUCCAGAGAUCGCAGUCGAGUGCAGACGUUGAUAAAUACAGCUAUGCUUACGUUGAAUCCGUGAACAAUGCAAAAGCAGAUCGAGCAACUGAAAUCGGAAAAGUCUUCGACAUUCGAAAAGCGUUCAAGAAAAAAAGCAAAUACCAAACACCUUUGGAAGAAUCGCUGGGUGGUUUGCAGACAACGUCACGUGAUCGUCUGCAGACUCUUGAUGUUGAUCAGGUGUGUAGCUUGUUGAAAACUUUGAGCUUAGAUCGCUAUGUGAAGAACUUUAGAGAAGCAAAGAUUGAUGGGAGUAUCUUAGUGGAUUUGACUGAUAAAAUGAUGGAGGAACUUCAAAUAGACAAGGAAGUGGACAGACAUAAAUUACGUAAAACCAUCGACGAGGGGUGGUUACCGAAGGAAAGCAAGUGAAAGUCUAGUGCGCGCUUUAUUGUAGUGAAAGAUAGCGUAGUCAGUCACUUACCACRAAAAUCUUUGCAUCGCGACUUCCUCGUUUCGAAGUUUGCUUUCCUUCGAUCCAAGGGGCGGAGCCUUUUGUAAACUCGUGCAGUCAUUAGCUGAUCUGCAGCAAGCUAUGCCCCAAAGUCGCAGAAAAACCUAAAUCMUAGUCGCGAUGCAACGGUUUCUGCUGUAAGACAUGAAGCCCUUGCAUGCAACUUUAGAGCAGCCUCAUCUUGGGUUCAAAACAAAAUAGAUUUUUACUCUCUUAGGAAUUAGAAUUUAUUGUGAAAUCCCUCAGAUGGAACUGAUUCCUUUCUCAUGCUCAGUGUUUAUAGUUUUAGCAAAUACUAAAUCCGUUUGUGAUUAUUUUCUCGUGAAUAAAUCAGGAAAAAUUGACAGUGCUUU